AUGACGAAUUUGCUAGCAUCAUUAAACACCAAAGGUGAAAAACAUUUGCUCAUAGGAUAUUCCAAUAUCACAUAUCUACGAAUCAAGUCCAUUAUUGAGUCUGGAGCUCAUCCUAUACUUGUUUGUUCUACUAGAGACGUGCUGUUUAACCCUGCAAUUAAAAUUCUUAUUGAAGAACACAAACUAGUAGUCAUAGAUCAAGAGGAACAUCAAAUCACAUCCGAAAGAGUUUCUCAAUACAUCAAUACAUUGGGUCGUGAUGAAGUAGACUCUAUUGUUGAUCGAGUAUUUGUCACCCUUCCGCAAUCGCAAGAUCAACUCAAGCUUCAGAUAUAUGCUCAAUGUCGGAGGUUGAGAGUACCGAUAAACACAACGGAUGAUCCCAAACUCUGCACAUUUACAUUGUUAUCUACUUAUAACUCGGGAGAUUUUCAAGUAGGAGUUACGACAAAUGGAAAAGGCUGUAAACUAGCCUCGCGUUUGAAAAGAGACAUUGUGAGUCAUUUGCCAUCGAACAUUGGCCAGAUAUGUGAUAAGAUUGGUGAAUUGCGUCGAACUAUACAGGAACAGGACCUGAUAACAUUGGAAGAGGUAGAGUUGGGGGAGAAUGAUGAUGAUAAUGUUGUUACUCAUAAGUUUAAUGCCUUGGUUCAUGAAUUUGACCAGACCCAAGAAGAAGAAAAGUUGAGAAGAAACCGCUGGCUUUCCCAGAUUGUCGAAUACUAUCCGUUGAACAAAUUGGCUGAUUUGUCUAUUGAAGAUUUAAAGAUCGCAUAUGAAAGCCAUAAACAUGAUGCCGGUGUCUCUAAUAGUACUGCCACUGUUGUUCAUUCAAGAGAACAAAAGAAGCCAAUUGCAUCAAAAAGAGGCAAGAUUGCUCUUGUGGGUAGUGGUCCAGGAUCAACAUCUCUUCUCACGCUUGGGGCUCUCCAAGCAAUCCACGAAGCUGACUUUAUCUUGGCAGAUAAGUUAGUUCCUCAACAGGUUCUUGACUUGAUCCCUAAAACACAUGGUCCCCAGCUAUUCAUUGCUCGAAAAUUUCCCGGGAAUGCAGAACGCGCUCAACAGGAACUUCUUGAACUAGCAACAACAGCCUUGGGUGAGGGUAAAUAUGUGGUGCGUCUUAAGCAAGGCGAUCCAUACAUUUUUGGCCGUGGUGGUGAAGAGUAUAACUAUUUCCAGUCCCAGGGGUAUACACCUAUUGUAAUUCCGGGUAUAUCAUCAGCGCUUGCUGCGCCAGUGCUUGCACAAAUUCCAAUGACACAUAGAGAUGUUGCAGACCAAUUAUUGGUCUGUACGGGGACUGGAAGGAAAGGUGCAGUACCGAACAUACCAGUGUUUGAACCGAGCCGUACAACAGUCUUUUUGAUGGCAUUACAUCGAAUUGUUGAGUUGAUUCCGAUUUUAAUUGAUCAAAAGGGGUGGGUUGCAGACUUGCCGGUUUGUAUUAUUGAAAGAGCAAGUUGUCCCGAUCAAAGGGUCAUUAGAACAACUUUGGCCAAUGUGGGAGCCGCAGUGGAGGCAUGUGGACUGAGACCUCCGGGAUUGUUGGUUACUGGGUAUGCAUGUGAAGUUAUCUGGAGUCAGAUGGAGAAAGAAAUAGAUGCAGGAGGACAAGGAUGGAUUAUUGAAGAAGGAUUCGAUUGUGGGUUUAAUGAAGGGGUUCUUAACGUGGUAUAG